CCCCUGAAGCGACAGAAGACGUCGUAUGCGAGCGCGGAGAACGGCCUGCUAUACGAUCGUUAUACUAUAGCCUGGAUUUGCGCGCUUCACUUCGAGAUGGCUGCCGCUUUGGCUAUGAUGGAUGAGAUUCAUGGCCAACUACCGAGACGUUUCAAUGAUCACAAUGCCUAUACGCUUGGAAGUAUUGAGAAUCAUAAUAUCGUUAUCGCAUGCUUGCCUGAAGGCCAAUAUGGGACUAUCAAUGCCGCAAGUGUGUUAACAAACAUGAAGCGUACCUUUCCAUCAAUCCGCCAUGGGUUAAUGGUCGGUAUCGGCGGUGCAGCACCUGCCAAAAAAGACAUUCGCUUAGGCGAUAUCGUUGUGGGAACAAGGGUCAUGCAAUAUGACCUUGGGAAGAUUCUGAGUGGUGGUGAGAUUCAGCGAACAGCCACCCCUAAAUCCCCCGAGCAAUCUCUGUGCACGGCUGUAGCAAACCUGCGAGCCAGCCAUGAAAUAUACCCUACUCGUGUUCCGGCUAUUCUAUGGGAAAGAAUGCAGAGAAAUGCAGAAUACCACCGUCCAAGCGCACCUGACCAUCUAUUUCAGGCAUCAUAUGAACACGACCCCUCCAUGGCAAAUUGCCAAACCUGCGACCAGUCGCAGCUAGAGCAACGAGAGGCACGAAGAUCUUGCGAGCCAAAGAUCCAUUAUGGAGCAAUUGCCUCCAGCAAUCAGGUCAUGAAGGAUGCAGUUACCCGCGACCGUCUCGCCCACGAACUGGACAUUAUAUGCUUCGAGAUGGAGGCUGCAGGGUUGAUGGACGUCCUCCCAGUGCCCGUUUUCCCGAGCAAGCAAGCCCUGGUGACCGUCGACAACAGCUAAUGGAG